AACUGAAUCCAUUUAGCAUUUCUGCGAUAUAUCCAGAAUCCUACUUUUCUCAAUAUGUCCCUCAUUCCGAGCAUUUUCGGUGGCCAAAGGAACAGCAUUUACGACCCAUUCUCAUCUCUAAACGUAUGGGAUCCAUUCGCUUCACGGUCAUUUGGUAUUAUGCGUCCUCAAUUUUCCAACGAAACAACUCAAUUUGCAAAUGCUCAAAUUGAUUGGAAGGAAACAUCCGAUGCUCAUGUGUUCAAAGCAGAUCUUCCUGGGCUGAAGAAAGAAGAAGUAAAAGUUGAAGUUGAAGAAGGGAAAAUACUACAAAUAAGUGGAGCAAAGAACAAAGAAAAAGAAGAAAUCAAUGAUCAGUGGCAUCGUGUAGAACGUAGUAGCGGCAAGUUUCUUCGUCGGUUUAGAUUGCCAGAUAAUGCAGGGGUCGAUCAAGUGAAAGCUACUAUGGAAAAUGGUGUAUUGACCGUUACUAUACCAAAGGUUGAAAUGAAAAAGCCUCAAGUCAAGGCCAUUGAAAUCUCUGGAUGAACAAGAUCGCAUUAGAAUUCGGAAAUGUUAGUUAAAAAGUAGGAUAAAUAAAACUAAGUGUUUGUCAUUACAACUUAGGAUAAAUAUGUAGUUACUAUUGUGUGCAAGUGUUUGCAAGUUUAUAUGUCAUAAAUCAUAUGUAUAAAGUUUUAUUCCGAUUAUGUACGAAAUUUUAGUAUGUCAUUGAUAGAUCAGAUCAUAAUAUCA